AUGCCGCCUACGCUUGACCUCGGCAGGACUUCCCACACCAAAGUCGGUAUCGCACCGCCUCGUAUCAAUCUUCGCCGGGCCGCCUCUUACCAACAUGACCGGGGACCGCUCUCUUCGACGUCAUCGCGGUUUGCUUUCAAUCACUUGGUCUUUUCACCGCCCCCAUCACCUGGCCUUCCCUCGCUCUCGCCUCCGGCGAAGAAGCCGAAGCGAAAAUUAUUCGGCAUCAUACGUCCGCUCAGGGUUCUCCGUUACGCCAUCCGGCUGCUGAGCGUCGUCGUGGUCUUCUUCGUGGCACUGGAGGUUCUUACCAGGUUUUUUGGCGAGUCAACGCCAACACCGACAGAACAUGCAAGAUCCGUUCAAAAAGAGGUCGAGCCUGAGACGGGGAUGGUUUCACAGAAGGAAGCGCCGGACUUUCCGACUCCGAUCGUUGUAACCGAUAAUCGGGGACGAGCGAAGUGGACUGUUUCGAUACCGCCAGGAUCCGAGUUCCCUCUGAGGAUGAACCAAUACGUGGACAUGUGCCUGAAGUGCCGACAGGUGGCGGCGCGGACUCGGCAUCUGCGGUCUCACGGGCACGGGCUCCAUCAAGUCUCGUUCGGGUUCGGCUCCGACCCGGCGGAUGAUUUUAUUGACGUGCAGGAGGCGGAAAAAGCCGGGUAUUUCGCCGGUGCGCAGAAAUAUGCUGGGGAAUUUGCGAGAGGCGGCGAAGCGGGGAAAGCGGCGUGCAAAAAGAGCCUGACGUUCGUCCUCGAAUCGAGCGAUGCCGGCUUGGGGAAGACAUUGAUGAUGCUCUGGAUCGCGUAUGGUUUGGCCGAAAAGGAGAGACGUGCUUUCUUCAUCGACGACACCCGAUGGGCGUACGGAAAGUUCACGGCCCUCUUCCAAUCCCCGCCAGUCCCAGAAUGUUCGGCACCACCCAGCCACGAGAUCCUCCCUUGUCCGCGGCAUGCCCGCCACCUGGUGACAUCGGCUGCAACGAUGGACGUCCUAUUCGGAAGCUUGACCGAGAGCGCCGAUCCCCCAUCCGAAUCACACGAUCGAGCCCUCCGCAAGACUCAAUUCGGCCUUGCCCGUCGGGGCUAUGAAGCGCUCGCCCAAAUGAAUAAGGAAGACGGCGAAUACGUCGACUCUCGUGUCCGCGAGCUGAUAGACAUGAAGGCAGUGCCCAAGUCCAAAGGCCAUCGUAAUGGCCUCGCCGUCGGGGUGCACAUCCGCCGCGGCGACCGGCAUCCCCUCGAGUUCCAAUACCGCCAUUCGUACCUGCCACUCAACCUCUACACCGACACUGCGUACGAGAUCAUCGAGUCCCAAUUCAACCACACCAGCGCCGGCCUCUUCGCUGGCAGCAGCAGCCCCGAGGAAGCUGCCGCCGCCAAAGAGCAGAGCAUCGUCUUGCUGGCGUCAGACGACCCCAUGGUCUACGAGAGCGCCGAGCUCGCUGGCACUGCUAGUCGCGCCCAGGAGCGCAUCAAGCUGGCCAGCAAGCAGAACAUCCAGAGUACCAACCAGGACAAAUCGGUCAUGCGCAAAUUCGUGGACGAGACGUUCGGUUGGGAGGGAGGGUUUUUCGCUGCCAUGUUUUGGAACCUUGGCGUGUCAUCCGCCCAUGCCACGGCGGCGCCGGACGCCACUAUUCCCGGGGAUGCCGUUGCGCCAUCCGCGGAGGCCCUCCGGCUUAGGAGCCUGGUGGGUCGCGCGUACAUGAUGGACCUGACGGUUUUGGCGGACGCGAGCGACGUGGUUGUGUGCACUGUCAGCGCGGUUGGGUGCCGGUUACUGGCUGUCAUGAUGGGGUGGGAGAGUGCCAUGGAUGAAGGCAACUGGGUCAACAUUGAUGGCGGGUACGGGUGGCUGGGGUUGGAGUGGUGA